GGCGACACAACUCUCACUGCGCGCGCCGCGUGCGGUUGUGGUCACUUGCCAGUCGCCCACCUCCUCGCCUCAUUCGCUUCGUGUUGCGGCUCGUACCGAGCACACACCUCAGUGUUCUGGCACACAGCGAUCUGUAUGCUCGUAGCAACGUACAUCGCGCAGUUUCUCUCGAAAAUAAUUAGUAUGUGAAUGCGACGUUUUUGUUUGUUCUGCAUGAAAACGAGUGAAAUGUUAUUGUUCGCACACUAAUCGACGCGCGUUCUCUUCACCUUUGGAUCGACUUCAUGAGGAACUGAUCACUUCUGUUUUGUUGAGAUAUUUCUUCUUCAUACUAAGUUAUGAUUAUAAGAUCACUAUGGCUCUUAGAAUUAAUAACCAUUACUAUAUUUACGACGAUAUUAGGUAGCCCAAUAUUCUUACAACAAGGUAGAAAACUUAGGCCUGUAGUAAAAUGGCGACCACCCCAAGACAAUUGGGACUGGACAACGCCUGGUCAACAUAUGCACGAAGUACCAUCUUUCAAACCGUCUAACUUUACACACAAGUUGCCGCCAUCUGCCAGCGAGACUGAACUACUUGCUCACAUGACCACUUUGAAAAGAAAUUACUCACGAUUAUUGUGGGAUAACGAUAAGAGCACUAACCUUCCACUAUUCGUAGAGAAGGCACUAAAAUUAUUAAAUUUAAAACAAGUCUAUUAUGAAGUAGAACAUUCUGUGAUGUCCAAAGUAUCAUGCACUGCAUGCAAAGCGGGUGCUGGUCUUUUGCAGCACUAUAUUCAACUUGGAAAGAGCAAGGAAGAGAUUACCAAAAUGAUAUAUCAAUUCUGUGUUUCCUUGAAUAUUCAAUCUGUGAGAGUUUGUGAGGGUGUCACGCGAUUGUUUGGCAGUGAGGUGGUUUAUGUCUUGAAAAGAAUAUCAAUAGGCCCCAAUGAAAUCUGUAGUUUUGUAAUCGGCGACGCGUGCGGUGACGUGUACAACCCGUACCACGAGUGGGAGGUGGCUUUCCCGCCUGUGCCGAAGCCUGCUUUAAGAACACUAGACGUUCCACUAAAUACAGAGCAGACUUUCAAAGUUCUUCAGAUAUCAGAUACACACUUUGAUCCCUAUUAUGCUGAAGGUGCUAAUGCAGAAUGCAACGAGCCUCUAUGUUGUCGAGCGUCCAGUGGGCCCGUCAAGACCCCGAGCAGCGGCGCCGGCCGCUGGGGAGACUACCGCAAGUGUGACACGCCGAAGAGGACCAUCGACCAUAUGUUGAAACAUAUCGCUGACACACAUACCGACAUAGAUUACAUUCUUUGGACUGGUGAUCUGCCUCCACAUGAUGUUUGGAACCAAACAAAAGAGGAGAACCUGAAAGUUUUACAAGAAACAGUGGCUCAGAUGUCGGAUAUGUUUCCGGGCGUACCAAUUUUUCCAGCACUGGGCAAUCACGAGUCAUCUCCAGUAAAUAGCUUUCCACCGCCGUACAUCUCAUCCCCAGAUCAGAACAUCGCGUGGUUGUAUGACGAGCUGGACGCACAGUGGAGACGAUGGUUGCCCGCCGGGGUCUCCCAAACGGUCCGGAGAGGCGCAUUCUACUCCGUGCUCGUGAGGCCUGGCUUCCGCAUAAUUUCGCUCAACAUGAAUUACUGCAACAAUAAGAAUUGGUGGUUACUAAUGAACAGCACAGAUCCCGCCACCGAAUUGCAGUGGUUGAUUUACGAACUUCAGACAGCUGAAUUCAGCGGUGAAAAAGUUCACAUUAUCGGACACAUUCCUCCAGGUCACUCGGACUGCUUGAAGGUUUGGAGUCGGAACUACUACGCUAUCAUCAAUCGUUAUGAAGCAACGAUCACUGCUCAGUUCUUUGGACAUACUCAUUUUGAUGAAUUCGAGGUAUUCUACGACCCUAAUGAUCUUGGAAGAGCUACUAGUAUUGCAUACGUCGGCCCAUCUGUAUCACCAUAUUAUGAUUUAAAUUUGGGGUAUCGAAUUUAUUACGUCGACGGAGACCAUCCUGAUACAACGAGACAAGUGAUCGACCACGAAACGUGGAUAAUGAACCUGAAGGAAGCUAACCAGUUUGGGUACCCAAUAUGGUAUAAGCUGUAUUCGGCGCGCGCCUCCUACAGGAUGAACGCUCUGCGGCCUCAGGACUGGGACCGCUUCAUCGACAACAUGACGUCCAACGACGACGUCUUCAACUUAUAUUACAAACAUUAUUGGAAGAACAGUCCCCGUCGUGGCACCUGCGACAGCGAGUGCCGCAAGCGGCUGGUGUGCGACGCGCGGUCGGGCCGCUCGCACGACCGCCGCGCCCUCUGUGGUCACAUAGAGGCGCGCAUCGACGGCGCUGCGCCCGCGCCUCAAACGUGGCGGGCGUGGUUCUAUAACGGACUCUCCGUCUCAGAUAAUAUUCCUAGUGUACAGCAAGUAUAAAGGUGGUGGAUGUAACCAGUAGGUUAGCAGCACAGCUCUAUAAUCAAGAAUGUCAAUGAUAAUGCAAUUACCUCAAGUGGCCUAUCAAAUACCAAAAUUUGUGAUGGGCCUCGGCUGAAAGAAGCGGAGCUCACAUCCUGGGUUAUAUCAAAUCACAUCACCGGACUAGCCAUUGAUUAACAAGCUCUGUUGUUUCAAUGUAAAUUAUUUAAAUACAUUAAAUUAUUGCAAUCCCUCAAAGGAAUUGCGCAUUUUACUACAUUACGACAAAUUUUAUUGUGAAGUGCCUGGUUCAAAAAAUGUUUAAUAGAUUUUAAUAGUCUAUUCUUGGAACACAAAUAUUAAAAUAAUAAUUAAGUAUAUCAUUUUAUCGAUGGUAAAUAGAAAAUACAUGUGUUAUUCUUGUGUUUUACUUUAUAAGACUUUUGUAAAUAAAUAAUGUAAAUGGUCAAACAAA